AUGCUUGAACUGGUCCCAUUUAUCAGUGGUCCUCCAGAACUUGUCGCUGGAAUUGCCAGCUGUGCAGGAGCCGAGUACAUUAACGGAUAUUACGAAGUCAACUGUGAUGAAGUUGACACCAUACCAGAUCUGACUAUCACUUAUGCACAAGUACUUCUUCAUAUAUCACCGGAUAAGUUUAUCACUAAGAUAGAAGACAGAUGCGUCCUCGCAUUAGCUAUUCAGUCAGGCGCUGGUCUGGGACCAGAUGUCUUCCUUGGCACUCCACUUUUCAAGCAAUACUGCAUCAGUGUGCAUUUUGGACAAAGCUGGAUUGGGUUUAAUGAAGUGAAAGGUGCUGUUCCUACAAAUUCUAGCGUUAGGUAAGC